CAUAACGGUGUUUCUUCCGGGAUCACCGUCAUCACUCCGCUACGGAGGUGUCCUUACUGGCAGCUAAUUGUUAAUCUGUAUUUAAACGGACCUAAUUUAAUACAAUUGACGACUGGAGUAGUAUUGCACAUCUGAAAUAUGAAGGGAAUGAAACCGCACCUCAUUCUGUUGCUGCUCUUCGCGUCUUUGCUUUGUGCAGAGACGGCCAGAAGCCGGAAAGAUUCCACCAACCAGAAUAGUUUCAGAAGGGCGGCUAACGGAUUCUACCAAAUGUUAAGCAAUAUUUUUGGAGAGGACAACAUCAGAGGUCUUUACAAGUUCUUCUCCAAGACGACGGAACGCUUUGUCCAUGGUGUCGACUCUUUCCUGGACACUGUUUGGAAGAUGUGGACAGAUCUGUUGGAUGUGAUGGGCAUUGAUGCCUCCAACCUGAGCCACUACUUCAGCCCAACGUCUUUGACAAACUCCCCGGCUCGUGCCCUGCUCCUAGUGGCUGCUGUGUUGGUGGCUUACUGGUUCCUCUCCCUGUUUCUGGGGGGAUUCUUCUACCUGCUGCACAUCGUAUUUGGCCGCUUCUUCUGGCUGGCCCGAGUUACACUCUUUGCCCUCUCUUGCCUGUAUAUCUUGCAGAAGUUUGAGGGGGACCCAGAGCGUGCUGUGCUCCCUCUCUGCUUCGUAAUGGCCGUGUACUUCAUGACGGGGCCUGUGGGGGCGUACUGGCGUAGAGGUGGGGGUACUGCCUCUCUGGAGGAGAAGAUCAAUCACCUGGACACCCAGAUCCGCUUGCUCAACAUCCGGCUGAGCAGGGUCAUCGACAGCCUGGAGCGCGCCGGGGAGAAGUAGAGCUGACUCCACACCCCCACUGCUGACAACGGCUGUAUCCAUAGGGUGGCUGGAGGUUUGGGUGUAAUAAGGGCAGGAAAAUCUAAGCAGAUCGAGGCUUUCUGUUAUGAGAAAGAGCUUGUUUUUUAGUGUUUUUUAUUUUAUUUGUAUUUUUAUCCUGACUUGUUGAUAUUUUGUUAUAUUGUUUAACAACUGCUGAUAGUUGCUCUUUUUGGAAAUUGUGUUCAAUGAAAAAAUGGGAUGGAUGUUUGUUUUGGGUAUGUGAUGGUGUCAUAGCGGGACCAGACACAACUAAGUAUUUCAUCCCAGUUAGCUCAGUAGUUAGUAGACCAAUGGCAGUUUUUACUUAUUGCAUUUUUUCCGUCCUGACACUGAGAUGUAUAGUCAAAAAUAAUGUCACCAUUCCAUUUUAGCAGUCGGUCAUUCCUGGCGUAUUUCAGGACCUCUCUUUCUAUAUAAUGGACAUACUGUGUGUGUGUGUGUGUGUGUGUGUGCAAGCGUGUGCGUUUCAUGCAUGUGAAUCAUUUGAAAAGCAAAAGUUAAGACUGGCGAAACCUGGGCAGGCACGAAAAUCUCAGGGAGACAUUUGUCAAGAAUAUCAAGAACAAUUAUGUGAAUAUACCCCACAUCAAUAUCAACUUAACCCUUUACACUCAUGGGAAUUGACCUAUAUGGAUCGGGCUAAAUUGGUAGCAAUUGAAAGGGAACAGUUUGGCGAUUAGGGGGAAAUGAUUAAGACAAGUUGAGGACACAAUAGUUCACACGACUGAAUCCAAACAUUACACUGUCGAUUUUAUGUUCAUUUUACAUUGACUGUACUUUUCACCCCAUUUGUUGAUAACGAAAUCUGAAAAUACUCUGGAUACAUUCAGUAACAUGAUGAGAAUAUUCCUGAAU